AUGCCGAGCAGCAAUUUGACCGACGACCCCUUUGUGGUCCAGCAGAUGAUGUGCGUGCGACACAAUUCCUGGCCAGAGACCUACGGCCUUCCUUGUGCACUCUCUUCGCCACACGCUGACCGUUACUCCGUUUCCCGCAGGACCCAUGAUGUCUCCGUCCUCGAAGGCUCGGCCAUUGCUGUUGAUGCGACGUAUUUUAUCCAGCAGAUGCUGGACCACACGCCCUCCCAUGAGCCGCUCAUGUGCGCCCUGGCCGGUCUUACGGGCAUCCAUAUGCACCUGGAGAACGAACUGAACCAAUGGAAGGCCCACAAGGUCACGCCUCUCUUCAUCUUCGAGGGCUUACCCGUCGCGGGCCAGGACGACGUCACCAUUCAGAAUGGCCUCCGCGACAUCCAACGGACCAACGCCGCCUGGGAUUUGUACUUUGCCGGAAGUGCUAGCGAGGCGGUCGCUGCUUUUGGUGCAACGGGCUGUACGUACCCUGACUUUCCUUCUUACCACAGCCCCGUAGGCCCUACGGGGGAGAGAGCUUGUGCUAACACUUCUUGCAACGACGCAGCCACCUUCCGCGCACAGUCACUUUAUCCUCUGCUGCAGCGCCUUCUCAGAAAGCGCAAGCUGCAUUUCCUCAUCGUGCCCUACAAUGCUUCUGCACAGAUUGCGUAUUUUGACAUGAUCAACUCUGACCAGUGCGGUGGCAUCAUGGGCUCACCAGAGUUGCUGCUCUACCCCAUCCACGACGGCAUUAUCAAUGCGAUAGACUGGAACCAGAAGCGCGUCCAUGCGCUGUCGAAGAAGCAGCUGGUCCGAAGCCUCGGCGUGAGCGAGUCCCUGUUUACCGACGCCCUCCUGCUGACUGGCACAUCGUCCUUGCCGACUUUCCCGCCGCUCCGCGACGUGAACAUCACGCCGCGCCCACUCAGCGUGGCGGAUGCCACCAACAUGCUGCGCACCGCCGAAAAGAACGUGGCAUCUCUCUGCGCAUCGUUCAACGACCUGCUGCAAGCCCAGGACCCCCAGUGGCUCGACAAGUACCGCAAAGCACGCAUGGCCGUGAGCCAUUUCAUCUACAUUGCGGAGUCUGGCGAGAUCUGCGUGAACGACUUUGACCGGUUGACUAGUGACAACCACGAGUACUUGGGCUUCCAGCUGCCUGCCGAGCUUUUCCAUUACCUGAACAAGGGCCUGAUCAGCCCGCGUGUGCCAAGCUGGAUUGCAUACUGCCGCGUCACUAUCCUUCCCACCCUCGACGGCUACGUUGCCGACGAGUACAAGACCCUUGUCACCCAGCAGCUCGUGCCCUACUACGAGACCGCCCUCGCCCUCAUCCUGAACCGCAUCAACCGGGGUUUCAACUUCCAGGAAAUGCACCUCAAGGUCUGGUACGACGCCAAGUUCUCUCUGAAGCUCAAGCACCGCGGCGAGGACAACAACGCCGUCACCCGCAUUGCCGCAUGGAACGCGUCAGACGCGUCGCUCAACCAUUUCCCCCGGAACGACAACACCCCGGCGGCUGCAUCUCCGGGGAGCAUCGCCUUUGAGCUGUCCGCCUUGAGCAACAAGGACUUUGUGGCCGAAACUCGCAAGGCGCCCAAGACCCAUGGCGUCGAGAAUGCCGAUACGAUUGUGUCUCUUACCCUCUGGAGGCUGCUCACGCUACGUGGCUACAUUGAGCCCAAGACGCUCGAGCCGACCAAGUUGGGUGUUGCCCUCGGCAAAGCGUUUGCUGCGCUGGAGCCCGUUGUCAAGAAGCACCCCGAGCUCACAGCGUCGCUGCACGCGGCAGCCCUGCUGGCCUUUGACCUGAUUCGUCUGGAUCUACUCAACGCCAAGAACCAGCAUGCCGAGCUUCAAGGCUACCCGGCCAACGGCCCUGUCGAGGACCGCGAUGCGGCCGUCCUGAUCAGCCGCGUGGCCACUCUGCUGCCGCUGCGGCAGGACACCUCGGGCUACACGGGACCCCUCAGCAAGAGCCUGCUGGCGUUCCACACGCUGACCACGACGGUGGGCGAGGCCAACCGCGCCAUUAUUGAGUCCCUGCUGGCUUUGACCUUUAUGAGUAACCAGGCCAACCGGGACCGCGCGGACUUUUGGGACAUUGGCCACCGCCUGCCGUUCAUUGAGUUCCCGGACGCCGCGCUCGGCAUUGCCGUCAAGACGUUCUUGGACGAGAGUUUUGAGGACAACACGCCCGAAGAGAAGGAGGCACGCAAGCAAGCCUUCCCGGCCAAGUUUGUACCGCACGCCACGCAUCCCUUUGAGGACAUUGAGAUUGCGUUUGGUCUGGUCGAGGCCUUGUACGCUGGUGUGCAGACACUCGGUGACGACGAGAUCAAGGGAGAUGUGAAGGCCGAGUGGGAGCGGGCCAAGAAGUACCUUGACCGGAGAAAGUAG